AUGCUGGUCAACAGAAGUUCUCAGUGGAAGUGUCAUUAAAGCAGUGAAUUUUUUUAAAGAAUGAUGAAACAACUGUAAAGAAGAAAUUGCACAAUGUGUAAUUGCUGAAUAUCUCCAGAAUGGCGCUACGCUUUCGCACCUUACUGCCUUUCGCCAUUCCCGGAGUGCUGGCGCUUAUCGGAUGGUGGUGGUUUUCCUCGCGUAAAAAGGAACGUGUGAGCAAUCACGACAGACGAGACCCGGCUGGCUUGGAAGAGUGCAGGAUCGGCUCUCCGGAAGACUUUCCCUCCAACAGUGAACUCUCGUUGCCUCCAGAAGCCAAGCUGCCUGUAGAAUCAGCGGUGGCCUUAGAGCCUUUGCUAGAACGGCAGGCGCCUCCUCCUCCUCCUCCGGAGCACCGGGAGUGGAGCUUGGGUUCCUCAACAAGAGAACCGCCCGCCCUUGCAAAACCAGCCGUCAAAUCGGACGUGCAUCAGGACGACAGUGAAAAACUGGAAGUGAUGGGAUGUCAAGGUGCGUUUGGAUCCCCUGCACUUCAGUCUUCUCUUCCAGGUGCACCAGGCAAAGCUCACUCCUGUGCCGGUGAAGCUACGGUGGAGAGGAAGCUGGACGCUAGUCGAGUUGCAGAAGAGGCGCUGUUGACAGCAGCUUCACUGGAGUUGCCUUGUGUAGAGAAGUCACGGGAGAGCCGCGAGGGCCGGGGGGUCCAGAACAGUCCGUCAGAGUCACUGAAAGAAGGUCCAUGUCCUAUGACGACCGCGUCAAGUCCUGGUUGCGUGCCGACCCGCUGUUCCGAAGUGGCGCAUGAUGCCGUUGCUGAAGGACCUAUGCUUGCUAACAAAGAGAUGAACGAGUUUAAUGGUGGUGUCCUCGGUGCGGUAGAGCCUGAAGUCAGGGGGGCUGCUGAUCAGCGUCCUGAACCCCAGAGCGUCGACGUGGCCCAGGAAACAGUGACGUCCAGUUCAAACGCUGGUAAUAUGUUGUUGAAGCACCAGGGAGUUGGAGAGGCCGGAUGUAAAGGUAGUUUGGAGAAGAAGAAGCUAGGAGGGAUCAGCUUGGAUAAAGAGGAAGUUGAGAAGAUCGAGCAGGUUGCCAUUCAUAUAAUUUCCAACGUCAUCCGAGCGGCCACAGAGGAAGUCCUUUCUGGAUCUGCCGACUGUGUGUCUGGCAGGAUGUGCCAGAUGGCCGGUCGCACGGAUAGACCCCCGGAAAAGGCGUCUGCCGGUGCCGUUGGCCAGGGAGAAUCGGGCAAGGAGAACGAACCUGGGGCUGAGAAGGUUGCACCAGCGGAACUGCCUCCCCCCGUCGAAGAGAACAUUAGUCGUCCCGCCGUGUUCUCAAGUCACCUGACGCACGGCCUCCUGGCCAACCCCGGCCAUGGCCAGCCCACCAGGGACUCUGUCGGUCACGACCGGCCUGUGGGAGACCCAGCCACUGUCACAAACCACGAGGAGGAGCUUGAAGAUAUCCACGGGGUGACGGAAGAUUCUGGUUGCAGCGCAUGCGCCUCGGAAGACGGGGCGAGCGCCGAGGACCUUCUGAAAAGCACCUCGUCCCCCCCUUUGCAGCAGCGCCUGGACCUUUUGAACAUGCCCGCGGUCACGGGCCUGGAGCGCCAUUCGGCGUCCAGCAAAAAGCCUCCGUCCCCAACGCUGAUGGAAGACAAGGUCCCAUACAGCAACGGCAUGCUGAAGGAGGAUGGCCCGCCUCUGGGACACGAGCAGGCCUGGCCCGGAGAAGCAGACACCGAUCACUCCGGAGGCUCAGAUGUAAAUAGCAUGGAUUCGGUGGACAGUGGCUGCGCCGUCCAAAAAAAUGGCAGCUGCCAGAAGAGCGGACUGGACUCCAGUAAGACGGAGCUCGUUAUCUGGGAGAUAGAGGUACCAAAGCAUUUAGUCGGACGCCUGAUCGGCAAACAAGGGAGGUAUGUCAGCUUCCUGAAACAAGUGUCUGGUGCCAAAAUCUACAUUUCCACGCUACCUUACACCCAGGACUUCCAGAUCUGCCAUAUAGAAGGCUCUCAGCAAAAUGUCGACAAGGCUCUGAGUCUCAUUGGCAAGAAGUUCAAAGACUUGAGCCUCACCAACAUCUAUGCGCCGCCCCCUCCCCCACUGCCGCUGCACUCCCUCCCGAUGACCUCCUGGCUCAUGCUUCCCGAUGGGGUCACUGUGGAAGUUAUUGUAGUUAACCAGGUGAACGCUGGACACCUCUUCGUACAGCAGCACACACACCCGACGUUCCAUGUCCUCCGCAGCCUGGACCAGCAGAUGUACCUCUGCUAUUCCCAACCUGGAAUUCCAACCAUGCCAACACCAGUGGAAGUUGGCGUUGUCUGUGCCGCCCCGGGCGUGGAAGGCGCGUGGUGGCGGGCACAAGUGGUUGGCUACUUCAAAGACACAAACGAGGUGGAGAUCAGAUACGUGGACUACGGCGGAUAUGAGAGAGUCAAGAUUGAUACUCUUCGACAGAUCAGGUCUGACUUUGUAACACUACCUUUCCAAGGAGCGGAAGUCCUACUAGACAACGUAGUGCCACUUCCAGACGAUGAUCAGUUUUCAUCUGAAGCGGACACAGUUGUGAGUGAAAUGACCAGGGGUACACCGCUGCUUGCACAGGUUACAAAUUAUGAUAGUGCAACAGGAUUGCCCCUAAUACAGCUGUGGAGCAUGAUAGGAGAUGAAUUGGUGUCUAUAAACCGAACCUUGGUGGAGAGAGGUUUCGCACAGUGGGUCGAAAGCUACUAGGAAAUUCCUUGGCUGUUGUCCUGACAAGUCUUCCCUGUUCUCUCCCCCACCCCCACCUUAUCCCUUUCCUUUCUUUCUCUCCAUUUUUUUUGAGCACUGUUUCUAAAUUAGGUUUGGCAAUCGUCUUUCCUUAUCCCACUAUAUGUUGCCACCAGGAAAAAGAAAAAAAAAAUAAUCUGAUGAUGUUCCCUCUUGCAGCCUGUUGGAAAUGGGUUCAUCUGUCAGACAACGUGUAUCACAUACCUCAUUUUUCCAUAAAGGCAGGGAGUUGAACCAUAAGCCAUAAAGAUACUGCAGCUUUAAAACUCAGCUCUUCCCCCCCCCCUUUUUUUUUUCUUUCCUUUCUCUCUCCCUGACCUGGGCUCGAAAGUGCGGUGUUAAAAAAGAAAAGAAAAUAUAGGAAAGAAAAUUAUCCGGGGAAUAUCCUUGAAACCAUUACUCAUGAUGGAAUUAAAUGGUAUUUAAAUACACCCAUUUCCUAAAUUGACUGUUGCCUUAAUUAAGAUGAGUUUAGAUGAAAUUUGCUUCCAGAUACCCCCCUUCCCCCUGAAAACAUAUGGGAAACAAUUUGAAUCUCGGGAUCAUGUCGUGCACAAGUUGGCGUUUCUGUGCUUCAAAAGCACAGCAAAAGAUAAGUUUUGUUCACCGUCACCAGUAGGCAGUGGGAAAGCUGGACGUGGGAUAUCCUUCCUUCUGGUAUCCUGUUGACGUCCUUGCUAAUUGAGACUUGGGUUUUGGAACAGAGGAGCACUGCUUUGCAGGCCUCUUUAAACUAGGUAAUGAAUUAAAACCACUUACAGCUCCGACCAUUUUUAAUCCCCAAAUCGUGUUUAAAAUUAAAAAAAGAAAAAGAUUGCCAAGCCUGAUUGUAAUUCAUAACUGUUUUCUAGCUGUGCAAAAACCUAUGUAAAUAUAUAUAAAAAUCAUUGUAAUAUUUUGUACAAGAGGGAAAAAAAAAGAAUACUGGAGAACUAAAAAGGGAACUUCAAACAAAACUCAAAAAAAAAAUUUUCCACGCAAAAAUGUCCUCUGUAGGUAGAAACGGUUUGGGGUGUAAGCGCUAGAUGGUGUGAGGGUUUUUUUGUGACCUCUUGUGUACAGGAUGGCUUUUCCCCCCUAGCUUGCUGUAUGGUAGGAAUGGUAAUCAAUGAACUCUUUGCUACUUUUGUGCUGUACAGAUCUGACCUUAAAGGGAAAAAAAGAGAGUAACAUUUGGAAUUAAUAUUGCAGUGAUGUGUCUCAAAUUUUUUUUGGCUCCUUUUUAGAUUGGUUUCAAAUGUGGAAUUUAAAAAAAAAUCAAGUAAUUUAAGCUAAUUUAAUACUAUUAAAAUAUAAAUGAAUUUAAAAAUG